AUGUACUUAAAAGCCAAAGAUUGCAAUGAACCACUGCCAAAUGAAGGGCCAGAGCUAGGUUCUCAAUGGGGUUUAAUAUUUGAUGGAGCAGUUAAUGCUUAUGGUAAUGGUAUUGGGGCAGUAGUCAUCACUCCUCAUGGCUCACAUAUCCCAUUUUCUGCAAGAUUAACAUUCAAGUGCACGAACAACAUGGCGGAAAAUGAAGCCUGCAUCAUGGGUCUAGAAGAAGCCAUUGAUCUUAGAAUAAAAAAUCUCGAUGUUUAUGGAGACUCAACUCUAGUUGUCAAUCAAAUUAAAGGAGAAUGGGAAACUCGUCAACCCAACCUAAUCCCAAACAAAGACUAUGCAAGGAGGUUAUCUACUUUCUUCAACAAGAUUGAAUUUCAUCACAUCCCUCGUGAGGAAAAUCAAAUGGCAGAUGCCUUGGCAACUCUGGCUUCCAUGAUCAUUGUGAAUUGUUGGAAUGAUGUGACUAAGAUCAAUGUUAUGCAUCUUGAUAAACCCGCUCAUGUAUUUACAAUGGAAGAAGUCUCUGAUGACAAGCCAUGGUACCACGACAUCAAGUGUUAUCUCCAGAGUCAAUAA